AUGGCCGAGAUCCCGGAGCUGGCCGCCGUGCUGGGCGGCGGAGCCUGGCCCGUGGCCGAGAGCUACGACGGGGACCCGCCGCCCGCUGUCCCCGCGCGCCUGCGCGGCAACGUCUGCUACGUGGUGCUCGCCGUGCUCUACAACGAGCGGGACGAGGUGCUGCUGGUGCAGGAGGCGAAGGCCGAGUGCCGCGGCAAGUGGUACCUGCCGGCGGGCAGGAUGGAGCCCGGCGAGGGCAUCGCGGCGGCCGUGCGGCGCGAGGUGCGCGAGGAGACGGGCCUCGAGUGCGAGCCGCUCACGCUGCUGGCGCUGGAGGAGCGCGGCACGGCCUGGAUGCGCUUCGUCUUCCUCGCGCGCCCCACCGGCCGUCCCUGA